AGAUGAUUUGUCACAUGACUUUUCAUGACGUCAUGUGAAAGGCUUUUUUCUCUCCACCAUGAUCAUGAAGACUGUGACGGAAUUAACAAUAUUCUGUCAUUAUUAGUGCAUAAUUAGAAUCCAGCAUUAGAUUAGAAUCUGUGAGGCAGUAUGGCAGGGAAGUCAAAAUUGCUCAAAGUUGUUCUUCUUGGUGAUGGAGGAGUCGGCAAAAGUUCUCUGAUGAAUCGAUUCGUCAGCAACAAAUUUGAUGCUCAGUCAUUUCACACAAUAGGAGUGGAGUUUCUGAACAAAGACAUAGUGAUUUCCGAAGACCAUUACACGAUGCAGAUUUGGGACACAGCAGGCCAGGAGAGAUUCAAAAGCUUGAGGACGCCAUUCUAUCGCGGAGCAGACUGCUGCCUCUUAACGUACGCAGUAGACGAUCUACAGAGUUUUAAAAAUCUUUCCAUGUGGAAAAAAGAAUUUUUGUAUUAUGCCGAUAUACAGGAUGGAAGCACAUUUCCGUUUGUUCUCAUCGGAAACAAAGUUGACGUUGACAAACGCUUCGUCUCUGAGGAGGAUGCCAAAAGCUGGUGUGCGGCAAACGGAAAUAUGCCAUAUUUCGAAACGAGUGCCAAAGAGUCUGUAAAUGUUGAUAAAGCGUUCAAGGCUGCUGUGCAACGAUUGCUCGAGUUGGAAGAUCAAAUUGAUAUACGGCCGUCUCAUGGUAAUACUGUUAACCUCCGGAAAAAAUCCAAAACAAGUUCAGGCUGUUGUGCGUGAUGGCCUGGCUUCUUAGUAAUUUUAUUUUAUUUACCAUGAAAAAAAUAAGAAGAAAAUAAGAAAUGAAGAAGAAAACAUUAUACAACAUUGUUAAACAUUCAAGAUAUAUGUUAUCAGCAACUAUAAGUUGUUUGGAGGAGUUCUGUUUUCAAAUAUGUCUUCUUCAUAUUUUUCAUAUUGAGAGCAACAUAUAUACAGAUCCCUGUGUAUUUUUGCGAUGUCACUGAAAGUAUAUGCUUUUCUUUGGAUGUGUGGAAUAAAUGACUCUUGACAGUUGAUUCAAGCUUGUAUACAUUCAUUAUUUGUUGCUUUCUCUUCGUUUCACAUGGUUAUGUGUAAUGACAUAAUGUUAUCGCAAAUUACCUUUAAGUCAUGCUUUGAUUUUCCAGAUUUCGAUGGAUGGAUAUUUUGUUAUUGUUGUACAGAUACUAUGUUACAUGAAGUAACCUUGAAGGAAGAAAUAAAAGCAAAAUCCCUUUGGUAUCAAAGCUGGGAUUUUGAAAAUCA